UGAAGUGAUCUUAUGUUAGUGAUUGUCCAAUUUCGUGUAAUGACGUGUUUACGUUCAAGAACUGGUACGCAUUUGAGGCAGACUGUGCCCGAUAUUUUAACGUUUGGCAAGGAAGCGAAUUACAUUCGUUUUCUUGCAACAUCUGAAUAAAAAUGAUUUUCAUUAAGUGAUUUCACGAAAAUGAUGUUCAUUAAGUGAUUUCACGAAAAUGAUGGAAAAGAAUGAACAAAAUCAUGAACCUUAUUCCGGAAGCGGAAACCAAUCUGAGCAGAUUGCAGGCGGAUGCCAAAAGCCACAGGGACGGCGCUGAAUUACAGUCAAGUUUUCAAGUCUCCAUUUAUAGACUGUGUCAUCUGAAUAUUCAAAACAGACAGAAAACUUCAUCUACUUCCUAAGACCAAAAUGAACUGCUCCAGAUUAAUGGUGUUGCUGUCGAUAGCCAUUGUUACAUCAGCUAAUACACAUCAAUUGAAUAUGAAAGGCAUGGACAUGCGUGAAAUUAUCGAUGCAUAUUUAAGAGAGGAACGUCACCUUCAGAGAUCAGAAACUGUCGUUGUUCCAGAGCCCAAAGUCCGUUUGAUGGCAAACACAGGAUGCUUUUGGAGCGGGACAUCGCCAUUUUGUAACGGAUUCUGCGGCAAAGGUUUCAAUAUGAUUGUCAAGGAUAAAUCAGGAGACGGAAUCAGAUGCUGGUUUGGCAUUAAAAAGCUCUGCUGCCCACUGCAGGGCUGAAUCCUGGCAUCGAUGAAACGCAGCCCUUUCAUGGACAGUGACUUCAGGGCUAUUUUCAAUGAAUACAUACAAUUUCAUUCUUAAAUCUUUUGUGAUUUACCUACGAAAAUUUAGGCCUCGUUGGGUGUCACGGAAGGCGAUGAAUUUUGAACGAAUUUGAAUUUUCAUCGUCGUCGUAUAGCUGCAGUCAUUUUUUCUUGAUCAGUUUGGCUGAUUUCCCCGUACUAUACUUGUUAUUGCGGUAUUUAACUUCGAUCAGCGUCUAUACGAGAUAUCACCAGUUCAAUCAGAUUAUAGUGACAUGGUUGAAUUAUUGGUGCACCGACCAGGAAAUCCGUUCCUUUUUCAGCGGAUGCGAAUUAGACCACACCAAUAGAUAUAUUUUGGUCUACUGAUUAUGCAAGACCAGUAUAAUUUUUUUAAAUUGAAAGGUUCAAUCGAUGUGAGGAGUAUAUCGAAACAUUAUAGUGCGUGACUUUCGGUUACGUUGGAGACACUCGCUUUACGUCGUGUCUCUAUGCUGGUCCAUUUCUUCUCCCACGAUGCAUUUAUCAAUCGUUUUGAUGAUAAACGUGGCUGCCGUUAUGUUUGCCAAAUGUAAUCCGAUAGAUUCUGAAAUUGAAAUGCUUGAGUGGCUUGAUAAUCCCAAUGCUUACCUAAGGGAUUUCAAUCAAGAAACAGAAGAGCGUGAAUGGCUUGAUGAUGCUUUUGAGCAUUUCAACGAUGUUCGCCAUGUUAACUACGCAAUGGCUAGGAAUCAGGAAGAAUUACGCUCACAGAUGAACGAAAUGGAACAACAUGCCGCGGUGGACAGGAGUGUGAUGCCAGUAGAGGAACAGAAAUCCGAACAAGAUUCUCAAGAAGAGCAGAAAUUAGAACAAAAUGCCAUGGAACAAAUGAAUUCUGAACAAUCUUCCGUAGAUGGGAAAUAUGCGGAAUACGUUACGUAUGGGUAUCGGUAUAGUAGACCUACUCCUCCUGCAUCUAUCCAGGUGGAAACAAAACCAGAGAAGAUUCCUGUAGCAGAAAAUAAAGCGGAUGAGAUUCCAGUAGUACUGGAACAAGACCAAGCCACGGAGCGUAAUCCCCAACCGGUUUUCGUAGAGGAGCAGAAAGCGGAACCGGUUCUAGUAGAGCAAACGAAACCCGAAGGCGUUUCGGUGGUACCGGAACAAGUUCUAGUAGAUGUACCACAACCGGUGCAAAUUCCAGUGGUGGAGACGAAACCCGGACAGUUUCCAGUAGAUGCACCGCAACCGGGGCAAGUUCCAUUGGUGGAAGAGAAACCCGAACAGGUACCGGUAGAUGGACCGCAACCGAUACAAGUUCCAGCGGUGGAGACCAAACCGGAACAGGUUCUAAUAGAACCAAAGAAACCUGGAGACGUUUCGGAGGUACCAGAACAAGUUCCAGUAAAUGUACCGCAACCGGUACAAAUUCCAUUGGUGGAGACCAAACCCGAACAGGUUCCAGUAGCGGAGACGGAACCCGUACAGGUUCCAGUAGUGGAGACGGAACCGGUACAGGUUCCAGUAGCGGAGACGGAACCCGUACAGGUUCCAGUAGCGGAGACGGAACCCGUACAGGUUCCAGUAGCGGAGACGGAACCCGUACAGGUUCCAGUAGCGGAGAUGGAACCGGUACAAAUUCCAUUGGUGACGACCAAACCCGAACAAGUUCCAGUAGCGGAGACGGAACCCGUACAGGUUCCAGUAGUGGAGACGGAACCGGUACAAAUUCCAUUGGUGACGACCAAACCCGAACAAGUUCCAGUAGCGGAAACGGAACCCGUACAGGUUCCAGUAGGGGAGACGGAACCGGUACAGGUUCCAGUAGCGGAGACGGAACCCGUACAGGUUCCAGUAGCGGAGACGGAACCGGUACAGGUUCCAGUAGCGGAGACGGAACCCGUACAGGUUCCAGUAGCGGAGACGGAACCCGUACAGGUUCCAGUAGGGGAGACGGAACCGGUACAGGUUCCAGUAGCGGAGACGGAACCCGUACAGGUUCCAGUAGCGGAGACGGAACCGGUACAAAUUCCAUUGGUGACGACCAAACCCGAACAAGUUCCAGUAGCGGAAACGGAACCCGUACAGGUUCCAGUAGCGGAGACGGAACCCGUACAGGUUCCAGUAGAACAACAGAAACCAAAUCCCAGUCGCCCCAUAGAUUUUGAGGAAUCGGGAUGCUUUUGGAGUGGGACAUCGCCCUUCUGCCAUGGCAAAUGUGGAACUUUCUACAGAGCCAAAAUCAUAGACAAAACGGGCGACGGAAGAACGUGCCUCACGGGAAACAAAAAACUGUGUUGUCCCAUACCAUCCAAUCAAUUGAAGAGCUUGAUUGACCUGUACAAGAACCUGUAAUUGAAAGCGAUCUACUGUACAACGACAUCAACGAAUCCAAACGGCUCAUUUUCCCCCCUCACACUUCGCGUCUAAUAAUCCAAUGUUUUCUAGACCAUUGCAGUUUGCUUCCUACCCCAAACACGUCUAACAAUUACCAACAGUUUAUUCAUUUUAAGUGGAAAUAAAAAAUAUGAAGUCAUUUUUGUUAGGCGAUUCAUUUCCUGCCAAAUGAUGAUGGAAAGGGGUUAAAGUUGGGAAACACGAUCCUGUUAUUGUCUCUUCCUAUAAAAAAAAAACGCUUUCACACCUAUACAUAUUUCACAAAUGAUUGAAAGUGAUGUCUCCAGUGGCGCAGUUGGUUAGCGCAUGGUACUUAUAUGUCAGUAAUCUGAAUGCGCGGAGGAAUUGUAUGAUUCCUGAAGAAAUGCCGAGGUCGCGAGUUCGAGCCUCGCCUGGAGAAAAUGGUUUUUAUGUUGGUCCCAUUUCGAUUAUGUCGCUGUCUGUGACACUCUGAUUGAAAUGUGUUACUUUUGCUGGGAUAAAGUUAGACGAGAAAGUAUUAAAAUACAUCUCCAGUGGCGCAGUUGGUUAGCGCAUGGUACUUAUAUGUCAGUAAUUUCAUUGUGCUAAGCAUCGAGUGGUUCGUGAGGUAAUGCCGAGGUCGCGAGUUCGAGCCUCGCCUGGAGAAACAUGUUUUAAUCCGAUGGACAAAUGUUGGAAAAAACUCAUGUACAAAUGCACAAAGCACCGACUGUUCAUUCAAUUGUGUUUGGUAAACGAAGUUUCAAUUUGUAAUUCAAUUAGAAAUUUAUGACCUGUUAUCGAAGUCCACGUUAUAUCAAACGAAAAGAGCCCAAUGAGCCCAAUGACGCAUUUCUAUACAGCCCGUUGUUUCCCGCGUCGCAUCAAACAAAAUUUCGUCUACUUUUCUCACCCUAAACUCUUGCGGCUGAUUAAAAUUCUUGCACAAAUAUACGGAAACCACUUUUCGUAUCACAGCUUAUAAAGGUUUUGCUUCUAAACGACACGGUGGCAGAGAAAACUAUUUUUGGUGGUAAAUGUUUUUAUCAACAGGAAGGUGCGUGCACAGCGUUUCACACAUCGAUAUCUAACGCCAAACCACGUCCUUUGUGCUUGAUAAGUCUGAGGCGUUCGACUGUGUGAAGGGAUUGUCUGACUUUAUUCUAGAUUGUUUGCGCGUCAAAGAAGCUUCAUCUCUAUAGAGCUCUCCUGUCGACGACCAUAUCCAACCAUGAAGUUUUUGAUCAUUUUGGUGUUGGCUGUUGCUAUGUUUACCAACGCACAAAAUUUGGACACUAUCGAAGUGGAAACCCGUGAUAAUCCUAGCGCUUACUUACGAGAGAAACGUCAAAUUUUCUUGCCACAAGAUGUAAGGCCACAAACUGCAGUCCCACAAGUUCUAGUCCCGCAAGUUGCCGCACCAGUCGAUUUCCUAUCGCCAAGUUCUGGAUGCUUCUGGAGUGGGACGUCGCCGUUCUGUAUCCCAGCCUGUGGUAAGAAUUUCCACGAAGUUUUGACUGACAUCAGAGGAGACGGGAAACGUUGCUGGACGGGCUUUAAGAAACGUUGCUGUCCCAUACCUCCUGGUAUGAUUAAGUUUAAGGGCUAGAUUGCUUUGUGAAAAACAAAAGAAAACACCCAGUGUCAACGUUUUGCCUUCGUCCUUGCUUAUGACAUAAACUGUCUAAUUUAUUUUUCCCUGGCUAUUGAUUCCGAUUCCUUCUUCUUUCAAUAACUGCUUACUAUCCCGUUCAGUUCAGUUCAUUUCUUCUUUAGUCCCAGGGAAAAACAAAAUUUCUUUUCGAUCUACAGACACAGAACGAAGGAUUCAUUGGUGUUACAUGUUUUGUCAACUGUCCUUCCGUUUCAAUACAACAAAAUGAUUUGCUUUCCUUAA